CGCACGGUUUGUGGCAGCGAUUUUACAUCGUGUUGUGGUCUCGAUGAAUGGCGGCUCUUAGUAGGGACAUUCCCAGCGAACACAGGUUGAAUGUGGACACCGAACACCUACAAAGCACCAGUAGAGCUACAUCCUAAUCCAACAACCGCUUAUUCCAGGAAGCCGCAUAAACAUCCUUCAAUCCUUCAAUUCUUCACAAAAACCUACAUCACAUACCUCCGCGCCAAUGGAUCCAUUCUCAUCUGAAGGAGAGCUCCUAAACAUCCACAAUGCCUUCCACCAAGGCCAAUACUCGUCGGUAGUAUCGCAAAGCACAUCGAGCCUGUCGCCCGAAAACCAGCUCCGUGCAAAAGUCUACAUCCUGCGUGCGCGCAUCGCCAACGGCGAGGCAGCGGACGUGAUCGGCGAGCUUGGAGGCGCCGACGAGCCCGACCUCAAAGCUGUCAAGGCUUUUGCCGAGUACACAACUGGAAACACCGAGUCGGCGGUUGCCGAGAUCGAUGCGCUUGUUGCCGCGUCUUCGGAUAAUAGGACGGUGCAGGUGCUGGGAGCUACGGUGUUGCAUUUGGAGGGGAGGAGUGAUGAUGCUCUCGGCUUGUUGAGCAAGCAUGAGGGCAACUUGGAAGCUUUGGCUCUGACAGUACAGAUCCGUUUGGCCCUGAACCGGACAGAUUUGGCUGUGAAGGAGGUACAGUCGGCCAAGAAGUGGGCGCAGGACAGCUUGCUUGUUAAUCUGGCCGAGUCGUGGGUUGGGCUGCGAAUCGGUGGUGACAAGUACCAACAGUCGUACUACGUUUACGAAGAACUCGCACAGGCACCGAUCUCCUCGUCGCCGCAGACGUUGGUCGGUCAGGCAGUGGCCGAGCUACACCUGGGCCGCCUGGAGGAGGCAGAAGUCGCUCUUCAACAGGCCCUCGAGAAGAACCCGAACCACACGGAAGCUCUCGCCAACUCGAUCGUGCUCUCGGUCCUCGCAGGCAAAGACUUUGCGGACUAUCUCAAGACCCUACAGACUGCUGCGCCCUCUCACAUCUUCCUGACCGAUCUCGAGCAAAAGAGCGAAUUGUUCGACAGGGCGGCCGCGAAAUAUACCGCCAGGGUGGGUGCAUAAUCAUGUCACUUUAGAUGUUUGGGCCAGGCGGAGUAGGUGAAUCGAAUGCAUACCUACAUAUUCGCAGAUAGAGGGAAAUACUUAAUCCAUGCUCGAUCUGCUUACUUCAACGCAUCUGAACGCGUCGAUGACUAUUCCCCAUACCCAU